CACACGCGGGUGCAGGAAGCGCAGAAAAUCGGCGAAAAUGAUUCAAAUGCGCCUGGAUUUCCGGAACCCAUCAGCAAUGUGACUGUUUCUGUGGGGCGCGAUGCGUUGCUGUCUUGCGUUGUUGACAACCUAAAAGGAUAUAAGGUCGCUUGGGUGCGUGUAGACACACAGACGAUACUAUCCAUACACCACAAUGUCAUAUCGCAGAAUAAUCGCAUCAGCCUCAGCUAUAAUGAUCAUCGUUCAUGGUACUUACAUAUUAGAGAGGUUGAAGAGACCGAUCGAGGUUGGUACAUGUGCCAGGUGAAUACAGAUCCGAUGCGCUCUCAGAAGGGAUAUCUGCAAGUUGUGGUACCACCCGUUAUCAUCGAAAGCCUUACCAGCAAUGAUAUGGUUGUCCGUGAGGGUCUCAAUGUAACGCUGAUGUGCAAAGCUCGUGGCUAUCCAGAGCCGUAUGUGAUGUGGCGGCGUGAAGAUGGCGAGGAGAUGCUGAUCAGUGGCGAACAUGUGAACGUUGUUGAUGGCGAACUGCUGCACAUCACCAAAGUGAGUCGCCUGCACAUGGCCGCAUAUCUGUGCGUAGCCUCAAACGGUGUCCCUCCAUCCAUCAGCAAACGAGUACACCUGCGCGUGCAAUUUCCGCCGAUGCUUUCCAUACCCAAUCAGUUGGAAGGAGCUUAUAUAGGCCAGGAUGUAAUAUUAGAAUGUCACACGGAAGCAUAUCCAGCGUCUAUUAACUACUGGACUACCGAGCGCGGGGACAUGAUCAUAUCGGAUACCUCACGCGCUGGUGACAAAUACGAGACAACCUCAACUGUUAGCGGUUACACGAAAUACAUGAAAUUAAAAAUACGCUCGGUGGGUCCCAACGAUUUUGGUACUUAUCGAUGCGUCGCUAAAAAUUCAUUGGGCGAAACGGAUGGCAACAUUAAACUUGAUGAAAUGCCAACACCCACCACUGCCGUAAUAUCAGAGAUGUCUGGCUGGAAUCGCAGUUUGGGCAAUGGCGUGGCAGGCAAUUCGGUGAGCGAUAGUAAUCAAACGCCUGUACGUAAUCCUCCGGGCGCUUUUCACAAUUCAGCGAACUCACUGGCGCAACAUAAUCUACUCGGUGGCAUAAUUCUUUGGAUUAAAAUGCAAUCAUUUGGGAUUUGCAAGCAUUUAUCGAAUUGGUACCACCGGCAGCGGCAACAUCGCAAAGAGCAGCAAAAAACUGAAAGAAAGCAAAAGCAGAGGCAAAAACAGCCACAAGAAUUGGAGAAAGAAGCGCUAAACCAAGGAAUACAGCAUGCAGAGCAACAACACAAUAAUUGGCUACCAUUAAAGAAGCAGCCAAAAAAUCAGUUUUCUUCGCUUCAACGGUUCGCCGCUGCGUGUGAGCAAUCAUCGGCGUCCGAUCUAAAAGAGGGGGCAGCGACAAGGAAAUCAUUCGCGGCUGCAUAUACGCAGCAUGUUUUCCGGUUGCCACUUCAGUGGCUGAUAAGGCGGAUCGGAGUAUUGCAUGCGGCAACAAAGAACGGAGUGGCAAAAGCGAAGUUCGCGAAUGGGAAAAAUAAUGAGUUGCAAAACAAAGGGAAAGCAGAUGCUGAGCCAACGCAGCGUCAUGUGGCAUUGAUUUUGCGGUUACCCUUGUUGACAGCACUAUUUUCACGCGCCAUUACAACAAGAGUAUUACCAACAAUAGCAACAAAAAUCAAAAUAACAGCAGUGCAAAUGCUGACGAACGUGUCGAGGGUAGGGGAAAUGACGGAUAGUGUGGGAAAAAAAUUCGUAGUCGCCUUGAAAAAUGUGGCUGCUUCGCUUGACAGAGUUGAUGCUGCCGUUACUGUUACAGUCUGUGGAGGUAUACGAAGGGUAGACAAUGUUUACAGUAGUAUUAAUGAAAAGGAAAGCUGGAGCAGGCAAACACAGGCUAAUAGCAGCAACACUGAAAAUGACGGCAACAACAAGAGGGAUUGUGGUAACAGAAAUAGGGAGCACCACAGCGAUGCUGUUAGUUUUGUACGGCAUUGCAAGGGCAGUAAUACAAAAAAUAACAAAAAUAUGCGCAGCAACAACAAAAACGACAUGAAUACCCUUUACAAAGUUGAUAAUAAUUUUAAGUACAACCUGCAUAUGGCUCACAUAUUUCACAGCCAUAUUAUGGUGUUUCUGCUACUUCCGCUUCUGGUGACAUUUACGGAAAUGGAAGUAUUUUUUGAAAUCUGCUUUUUAUCGUCAGUAUUGUUCGCACUCAUAUGUAAAGCGCAUAUACAAAAACGAAAACAACAACAAAUCACUGAAAUACAAAAUAUACUGCCGGUAGUAUCUGUACUGCAGCUAACAAACCGCCAUCGAAACAAUAGACCAGUGAGCAGUAGCAGAAAUAGCAGCAGCAGCACUAACAGCACAUCAAAGUCCACAACAACAGAGAGAACACGAAUAUUUCCGAUUAGCUGCCAAAGGCUUGCCAAUACAAUGAAGAUCAUUUCAACAACAAGAACAAUAACACUGCUAUGCUUGCGGCAAUGGGUGGUGUGGAAAUCAGCCGAAGCAGCAAUAGCGACAUCAGCAGCCACCUCACUUCAACCACAAACUACAGCAAUAACCAGCAGCGAAAGGCCAAUAAUAAACCGCAGCAUAACAGUAGACGCAACCGAACCAUGUAGUGCAAUGAGCACGCAAGCGAAAACAACAGCAGCCGCAUCGGGAACUUUAACAUUAACAGUAGCAGUAACAUUAACGACAUCGUCGAUUGUAUUGAGCCUCGCUGACUGUUGCGGUUCGACAUUGAGAUGAAAUCAAAUAAUUAUAUGCUGCCGGCAAAUGCGCCGUAGGGGUUGGGUAUUGAAUUUGUGGUUGAUGAUGCUGAUCAUUCGCAUAACAACAACAUCAACAUCCACAGCAAGGGGAACUAACAUAAAUGAACAAUAGGUACAACGUGCAUGUACAAAUGAAUACACUCAUACGAAAUCAUAUACACAUACACAUACAAACAUAUCCGCAAACGCGUAAUUCGAAUGGAAAACAUCUCUUGCCUAUAAUCUUCCUUGCAAGCAUACACACAUAAGCUGAUAUCUCAUAAAAUUAUCUAAAGCAGAAACGCAUAAGUCUAUGAUAUCCGCCGUGUUUGGGAAAUAUAUCAGAGGUAUGCGGUGAAAAUUUUCAUAUUUUUGCUUGUCGAUGCAUAUACAAACAAAUAUU